AUGGACAGCACCCUGGGGCUUCUCUUCAACACCCUAGAUGAUCUACGUGCCGAAGACCUCAAGAAGUUCCAGUUGUUCCUGACUGAGGGGGCACUGGAGGAGUUUGAUCGUAUUCCAAAAGGAAAGCUGGAGAAUUGUGAUCCCACAGAUACUGGAAGCAUAAUGAAGGAGCGCUAUGGUGAUGAUGGUGCCCUGAAGAUAAUGCUGUGUAUCCUGAGGGAGAUGAAGCACAAUGAUCUGGCAAACAAGCUGGAGAAGGAACUGGAGAGGAGAGAGAGAGAAUCAACCAACACAGACAAAGGAUCUGAUGAUGCGAUCCGACAGCAAGUGAUUCAACAACUAAAGAUUGAGCUGAAGAAUAAAUACGCUAGCAUCUUUGAAGGCCCUGAGGAGACUGAAGUCCAGCUGGAUGAGGUCUACACAGAUCUCCUCGUCACAGAAGGAGUGAGUAAAGAGGUGAAUACUCAGCAUGAAUUUAAGCGGAUUCAGCAGACGACCAAACGUCAGACACAAGAAGACAUUAUAAUCAAAUGCAAUGACAUUAUGGAAUCUCCACCUGGGAAGAAAGUCAGAAUAGUGAUGACCAUUGGCAUUGCCGGCAUUGGGAAAUCUGUGUCUGUACAGAAGUUCUGUCUGGACUGGGCAGAAGGAAGGGCCAACCAGGACAUAGACUUCAUCUUCUUACUUCCGUUCCGAGAGCUGAACUUACUUGACUCAGAGCAGUACAGUCUUUUCACACUUUUGCUGUAUUUCUAUCCUGAGCUGAAUGAUAUGAAGAUAUAUACCAAAUCAAAGAUUCUGUUUAUCUUCGAUGGUCUAGAUGAAAGCAAAAUUGAGCUCAAUUUCUCAUCUACUCAAAAACUGCACGAUCUGAAAAAGACACUACCUAUGGGUAGGCUUCUAGCAAAUCUCAUUCAAGGGCAUCUGCUCCAGUCACUCAUCUGGAUCACCUCAAGACCUGCAGCAGCCAAUCAGAUCCCUUCUCGUCACGUGAACAAGUGGACAGAAAUACGUGGAUUUAAUGACACACAAAAGGAUGCAUACUUCAGCAAGAGAAUUACAAAUAGUCAUACUAGCAAGAUCAUUUCACAAAUCAAGACAAGAAGGAGCCUCUACAUCAUGUGCCACAUACCAGUCUUCUGUUGGAUCCUUGUCUGUGUGCUUCAGGACAUGCUGACUCCCGAUUGUAAAAUUGAAAUUCCAGCAACCAUGACUGAACUCUUCAUCCACUACCUACUCAUGCAGACCAACAGGAAGAACCAGAGAUGUUCUGGCCAAAGUGAAACAGCCAGAACUGAGCUCCUGAGGAGACACAAAGAGCACAUAUUCAAAUUGUCUGAACUGGCCUUUAAACAACUGGAAAAGAGGAACAUCAUGUUUAGCAUAACAGACCUGGCAGACAGUGGCAUUACGGACAGUGAAAUGAAAGAAUACUCCGAGAUGUGCACAACGAUCUUUAAAAAAGACCGUACUUUCUAUAAAGCACCAUUCUACUGCUUUGUUCAUCUGAGUGUUCAGGAGUUUCUGGCAGCUCUUCAUGUGUUCUACAGUUUUGUGAGUGAGAACCAUAAGGCGCUGGAGUCCUUCACAAAGAAGGGUGCCGGCAGCAUCUACAAAUUGGAUUUUCUGUUGUAUAGAGCAGUGCGUAAGUCCUUAGAAAGCAGGGAUGGGCACCUAGAUCUUUUCCUGCGCUUCCUUUUGGGAAUAUCACUGGAGUCCAAUCAGGAGCUCCUGGAAGGCCUACUGCCGCAGAUAAAGGAAAGUUCAGAAAGUGUCAAGACAGCCGCCACAGAAAUCAAGGAGAUCCUAAGUCACGGCUACUGGGAUGGUGAGAGAUGCCAGAAUCUUUUACUCUGUUUGCUUGAAAUUAAGGACCGCUCACUUCAUGAGGAAAUGGAGAGGCUGGUGAACUCUGGAAAAGAACUCACACCUGCCCAGUGCUCCGUCCACGCGUACAUGCUUCUGAUGUCCGAGGAUGCGGUGAAUGAGUUUAAUCUGAGUACAUACAAGACGUACCACAAAGGUCGGAGAAGAUUGCUCGUUGUGCUGAGGGUCUGCAGAAAGGCUCAACUGGCACAGUGUGAUCUCAGUAGAGAUUCCUGUGAGGAAAUAUCAUCAGCUCUCCAGUCAGAAAACUCACUGCUGAGAGAGUUGGACCUGAGUAAGAAUCCCCUGGAGGAUUCUGGAGUGGAGCUGCUGUCUGCUGGACUGAAGCACGCUAACUGCAGACUGGACACACUGAGACUUUCUGAAUGCACACUUACAGCUUACUCCUGUGGAAUUAUGGCUGCUGUUCUACAGUCACCAAACUCCCUGAUAGAACUGGACCUGAGUCACAAUGACCUGGGAGAUUCUGGAGUUCAGGCUCUCUCUAAGGGACUGUCUAGUCCUAACUGCAAACUGCAGACAUUAAGAUUGGCGGACUGUAACCUCACAAAUAAGUCCUGUGAGAUUCUUACUUCAGUUCUACAAUCACCAAACUCCCUGCUACAGCUGGACUUGAGUGACAAUAUUCUGGGGGAUUCUGGAGUUCAGCUCCUCUCAAAAGGACUGUCCAGUUAUAACUGCAAAAUACACACAUUAAGAUUUGCUGACUGUAAACUCACAAAUAAAUCCUGUGAGAUUGUUACUUCAGUUCUACAAUCACCAAACUCCCUGCUUCAGCUGGACUUGAGUCACAAUGAUCUGGGGGAUUCUGGAGUUCAGCUUCUCUCCAAAGGACUGUCCAGUUUUAACUGCAAAAUACACACAUUGAGGCUCUCUGAUUGUCUCAUCUCAGAGAAGGGUUGUGGUUUUCUGGCUUCAGCUCUGACUUCAAACCCCUCCCAUCUAAGAGAGCUGGAUCUGAGCUACAAUCGUCUUGGAAAAUCAGGACUGAAGCUGUUAUCUGCUAGACUGGAGGAUCCUGUCUGUAAACUGGAGAUACUUAAAACUGACCCCGCUUUAGCCCAUGCUUUAGACAGAGCACGACCACGUUUGCUGAGAUAUGCCUGUGAUCUCACACUGGACCCAAACACAGCACACAGAAAUCUCUCUCUCUCUGAGGGGAACAGAAAGGUGACAUAUGUGGAUGAGAAGCAGCCGUAUCCUGAACACACAGAGAGAUUUGACUCCUGGUGGCAGGUGUUGUGUAGAGAGGGUCUGACUGGACGCUGCUACUGGGAGGCUGAGUGGAGUGGAAGAAGAGGAACUCGUAUAUCUGUGGCCUAUAAAAGCAUCAAGAGGAAAGGGGACAGUGAUGACGUCAUAAUGGGACAGAAUGCCAAGUCCUGGAGACUGCGCUGCUCUCCUCACAGUUACUCUGUCUGGCACAAUAAUGAAGAGACUGCCAUACCUGUCCCCUCCUCCGUCUCCAGUAGAGUAGGAGUGUACCUGGACUGGCCUGCUGGCACUCUAUCCUUCUACAGCGUCUCCUCUGAUAUACUCACCCACCUGCACACGUUCCACUCCACAUUCACUGAGCCCCUCUGUCCAGGGUUUAGGUUUUAUUAUGGUGAUUAUGGCUUCUCAGUGUCCCUGUGCCAGAUCACAUGAGCUCCUCCUCCAACAGGUACAUCCACCUGUCAACCUUUCUCUCUACUCAGUCUCUACUCCCCACCCCUUCUUUUCCUCUCUCUCAUUCCCCUCCCUUUCUCUCUACCUCUCUGUCCUCUCUUCCUCUCUCUACUCCCUUUUUUCUCCUUCUCUCCUCUUCCACUUCUCUGUGUGUCCUCAAUUCUCUACCUCUCUGUCACUUCUAACCCCCCCCUCUCUCUCUCUCUCUCUUUCUGACCCUUCAUUCAUUCUUUCUCUGUCUCCUCUCCUGUCCCAUUAUUUCUCUUCCUCUCUCUACUCCCUUUUUCUCCCUGUCCCUCUCUACUUUCAUUUCUCUCAAUCCUCAGUCUCUACACCCCUCCCUUUUCUUCCUCCCUUCUCUCUACCCUUCAUUCUUUCUGUCUCCGACUCCUCCUAUGUGUGUGUGUGUGUGUGUGUGUGUGUGUGUGUGUGUGUGUGUGUGUGGUUUGUAUGAAACUGCCAAAAUUCAAACACAAAUUCAUCACCACAAGACACUGCGCACAAUUCCAGUAACCAGGUAACCGUAGCAACAUCCAUUGUGAUGUAAGCACCCGGUGCUUGAUCUGUGGCCCUGGCAGUUGAGCAUGCUGCAGGAACACCAGAGUCACACACUACACACAUGUGUAAAGUAGGGUUCAGACCAAAGAUUCCCGACUAGACGAGACGAGACGAGACUAGCUGCGACGUUCUAAAACCUUGCGACUGCGAUUCAACGUGUUUAAUGCUCUGCGACGGCUUGCAACUACGUGCAACUUCUAAUUCACAAUGCUGCAACUCAGUCUCGUCGCGUCGGGAAUCUUUGGUGUGAAUUGGGCUUAAUGCUGACAUACUGUUGAGAUAUUGAUAUCUAUAUUCAAUUUAUAGACUUUUGUUUUGGUGAUACUAAAUAAAUGCUGAUGUUGCUUUCUUCAUAUUUUGCACUUUUCCCAAAACGAAUGUGUGAAUUACAGAAAUGUUUCAGCAACAACAUCAUCAUAUUCUGUUCUCCCUGAAGUUCAGUUAUUUGCUGAAUAUCUUUGAAAAUGAUUUCUAUAUGUGUUGACACAGAGCUAUAAAACUUGCUUGU